AAAUCACAAAUUAAAACAUGAAAUUUAUUUGAAAUGCCCAGAGAGAGGAGGGGGUGAUUGAGUAUAAAAGCCCUACCGGCUUGGAAGCUGGUGCGGAGAUCGGAGGUAGGCUUGGAUACUGACCUCAGCGUUGAGAGGUCGGAAAUUGGAAUUGCAUCGAUGGGGGCUUUGGUUCCGGUGCAGCACUACAACCUGAGAUCGGCUAAUUCCUUCAUAGGCAGCUCUCUGCACGACCUCAAUACCGUCGAUGGACGUCCCGCCGACAUCGAAGCUCUCGCUAGCGUCGAUCGCGACGCCGUCACGGACGACAGCCUGGACCACGACGACGACUCCGCUACUGUUGAUUGUAUUCAUGAAUCAUACAGGAACACUUUACCGCUUCAUAAUGUAGGAGUGGAGGAAGAUCGCUCUUCCCUAGAGAACAAUGAUUCUUCAAGGGGUCCCUAUGAUAUUUUGAACGCUGAUGAUGUUUCGCCAAUUGAAAAUGCAAGGGCAAGAUUUUUGGACAUUAUCGUGGAUCACUUUAUUGAUUCGCAUGUAAUUGAAGUACCAGAUUCUGAGGCUGGUUAUACUGGUCAAUCUACUCAAGAUAAGCUAAGCAAGAGGAAAUCAAGAGAGAGCCAUUAUGAAGGUGAUGCAAGGUUUGUUUUGCCCUUGAUGUAUGCGGCAAAUAUGUAUGAAACAUUGGUAAAUGAAGUGAACAUAAGGCUUUCUUCUGUGAAUGGUUUUCGUGGAAAGACCAUGGGUGUGGCCCUUGAAGCUGCUGGUGGCUUGUACAGAAAACUUGCAAAAAAAUUUCCUAGAAAAGGGACUUGCACUUUCAAAAGAAGAGAAUUGGCAACAUCUCUUGAAACAAGGACAAGAUUUCCAGAAUUGGUGAUACAAGAGGAAAAGCGAGUUCGUUUUGUGGUAGUCAAUGGUUUAGAUAUUGUUGAGAAACCUACUAGCAUGCAUAUUGAUGAUGCAGAGUGGUUCAAGAGAUUAACCGGGCGAAAUGAAGUAUCUGUCUCUGCUCGAGACUAUAAGUUUUACUCUCCAAGACACAAAUACAGGCGAGUCACGUCACACUCUGUGCCCAAUCUCCCUGGUCUGCCUACUUUUCCUGCCACUGAUAAUUCAUCUUCAAUGACUGCUGGCCAAAAUUACCGCUCUGUCAAUGAAACACAAAAUCAACCGCAACCACCAACCAAACAUCAGAUGCAACAACUGCCACACCAGGCACAAUUUCAUCCCUUGCACCAGAAUCAUCAGCACCCUGUUCACCAAACACAACAAGCAGCUCACUUUUCUCAAAACCAUCAGUGUGGAGCACCUUCACACUUGGCAGAAAUUGCUCAUUCACAGCAGUCUGCAACCAUAACCCAGCAAAUGGCUUGCUUACAAACGUUCUCAGGAGGCCAUGUAGCAGGGCGCAUACAUGUAAUGCCAACAAGUCCUGCCAAGUUUUGUGAUGAAUGCGGAGCUCCAUAUUUGAGAGAAACCUCCAAGUUCUGCUCUGAAUGUGGUGGCAAGAGGUUAGGAAUCUGAUAUCAGAUAGUUUAACAUCAUGUUUAUAGGCCUCCAAUGGUCAGAACCUUGUUCCAAUGGUCAUUAUUAGGACGUGUUGUUUGAAUUGGUAGACUAUAAAUUCCUUGUAAAUAUCAUAAUUCCUUUUCCUUUCAGCCAUUUUUGUAGCAUCUGAAUUUGUAUGGUUUUAUGAUAUUUGAUCCCCCGUUUGAUGAUGCAAGGGCAGAGACAAAGUAGUAAAUGACUCACAAUUGAGGCAAUGCUAUAAGGUUGCGUUUGGAUAGAGAAA